AUGGCAGACGACGACACCCCAAACAAGGGAGACUCAUCCCGGAAAGCCAACGAUCGACUCACCAAACUUUCCUCACAGAUCAAGCCCAACCAAAAAUCCAAAUCCAAAAACGCCUCAAACCUCCCAGCAGACUACUCAGAUGUCCUCUCCCAAAUCAACGCUCUCCGCGAAAUAGCUUCAACGCCAAACCCGAACAACAGAGGCUAUAUCCGCCAAAAACAAGCCGGCAAGCUCUGGGUCCGCGAACGCAUCAACCAACUCCUAGACACCGAUACUUUCGAAGAAAUCGGGUCAAUAUCAGGGACGGUAAAAUGGCGCAAGACCGGCCCCAUGCGCGAAACACCGGAGUCAUUCAUCCCCAGUAAUAAUGUACAAGGAAUGGGCAAGCUCCGGGGUCGCAAAGUUUUACUUACAGUCGACGACUUUAGUAUCCGUGGUGGACACGCGGAUGGAUCGACAGCGGAGAAGACCAUUUAUUUGGAGAAGCUAGCUGUUGCGUUGAAGCUGCCGGUUGUUAAGUUGGUAGAUGGGAGUUCGGGGGGUGGGAGUGUGACGACUAUUAGGAAGGAAGGGUGGAGCUAUAUUCCGCAUUUGCCUAUGUAUCAGCAUGUGGUGAGGCAGUUGAAUAUGGGAAUUCCGAAUUUGGGGGCUGUUGUUGGGCCUGCUAUUGGUCUUGGAGCUGCCCGUGUUGUAUCCUGCCACUUCUCCGUCAUGGCAGCUGAUAUAGGGGCAUUGUUCAACGCAGGGCCUAAGGUAGUUGAAGGCGCAACUUUCGAAGAGGGACUUGAUUUCCAGGAUCUGGGAGGACCAAUGGUUCACUGCACAAACGGAACAAUCGACAACCUGGCCGCCAAUGAAGCCGAAUGCUACGAGCAGCUACGCACGGUACUAAGCUAUCUUCCCAACACUGGAACGGAGGCACCUCCUGUAAUUGCAUGUGAGGAUCCAGAAGAUCGUGAGGAUUUGGGAUUGCGCCAGAUUAUUCCCCGUCGGGCCGCGCGCAUGUAUAACCCGCGCACGGUUAUCACGAGCGUGGUGGAUCGCGGGUCGUGGUUCGAGAUCGGAUCUCUCUGGGGCAGAACGGCGAUUGGAGGACUCGCGCGACUGGGUGGUCGACCGGUAGGCGUGGUUUCAUUGAACUGCGAGGUGAACGGUGGUGCAUUAGACGCAGCUGGGAGUCAGAAAUUGACCCGAUUGCUGAAACUGUGCGACGUGAUGAAUUUGCCUAUUUUGCAAUUCAUCGAUGUUCCCGGCUACGCCAUCGGUACCGUCGCCGAACGAAGCGCCACAAUGCGCUGGGGCGUCGAGCUCGCCAAAGCUUACUUUACAACCACAACCCCAAUCUUCAAUGUGAUAACCCGUCGCGUUUUCGGCGUCGCAGGCGGCGUCAUGAUUGAUUCCCGCGACCCGGUAAUGCAAGUUGCCUGGCCUUCCGGGCAAUGGGGUUCCCUUCCAUUAGACGGGGGUAUUGAAGUAGGCCAUCGGCAUGAAUUGCGCGAGGCGGAAAAGGUGGGAAAGAAGGAGGAGAGAUACCGAGAAUUGGAAGAAGAGUAUUUGAGGUUGAUGAAUCCGGUACGGACGGCGAAUGCGUUUGGGGUGGAGGAGAUUAUUGAUCCGAAGGAUACGAGGGGGGUCUGUUGUCGGUGGGCAGAGGGUAUGUAUGGGGAAUUGAUGAGGGAGAGAUUGAGAAAUAGGGCGAUUGGGAAGAUUCAGCCUGUUUUUGCUUGA